AUGGAGAGUUCCGAUGAAGAAAACGACGUCGUAACUGGUAAUCAUGCACCUAAGGAACUAACUCGUUUAUCAUCUAGUGGUGCAAAAUUUGUUGAUGAAGUACUUAAUGGUCCAAAUCAACGUUGUUUGGAUAAUUUCCGAAUGGAUAAACAAGUAUUCUACAAGUUAUGUGAUAUUCUAGAAACCAAGGGUUUAUUGCGUGACACGAAUCGAAUCAAAAUUGAAGAGCAAUUAGCUAUGUUUAUGUUCAUUAUUGGUCAUAAUCUGAGAAUUAGAGCUGUUCAAGAAUUGUUUCAUUAUUCUGGUGAAACGAUUAGUCGGCAUUUUAAUAAUGUUUUGAAUGCGAUUAUGUCGAUUUCGAAGGAGUAUUUUCAGCCGCCUAGCUCGGAUGUUCAUUCAGUAAUCUCUGAAGAUCAUAGAUUCUUUCCUUAUUUUAAAGAUUGUGUGGGAGCUGUUGAUGGUAUUUAUGUACCUGUGACAGUUGGUGUAGAUGAACAAGGACCUUUCCGCAAUCCCGAUGGGUUACUUUCACAAAAUGUUCUGGCAGCAUGCUCAUUUGACCUCAAGUUUUGUUAUGUUUUAGCUGGUUGGGAAGGGUCUGCCACAAACUUACAAGUUUUUAAUUCUGCAAUCACUAGGAGGAAUAAGUUGCAGGUCCCCGAAGGUAAAUACUACCUUGUAGACAACAAGUAUCCAAACGUGCCAGGUUUCAUUGCUCCAUAUCCUCGUACUCCCUAUCACUCCAAGGAUUUUCCCAGUGGUUACCACCCACAGGAUGCAUGUGAGCUGUUCAAUCAACGACACUCGUUAUUACGAAAUGUCACCGGCCGAACUUUUGGGGCUUUAAAGGAGCGAUUUCCUAUAUUGAUGGCAGCUCCUUCAUAUCCAUUACAGACACAGGUAAAGUUGGUGGUAGCAGCUUGUGCAUUACACAAUUACAUCCGUGGGGAAAAACCAGAUGAUUGGAUUUUUAAGAUGUAUGAUAAAGAUGCAUCAUUUACACUGGUGGAUUCACUACCUCCAUCUGAGGUGGAAAUACAUCCGAAAACAAAUGUCGAGACCCAAAACCAGUAUCAGGGUCUUAGUUUUAAUGCUGAAGAAAUUGCACUUGCUUCACAGUUAAGGGUCUCUGUUACAACUGAAAUGUGGAACAAAUUUAUCCAGGAUAUUCCCCUCAUGUAA